GUGAUAAUGUACUACAUGUUGAGCAAUGUUAUAUAAAACUAAAUCAGGACGUUGUCUGGGUCAAAGCUAGAUCUUAAUUCAUCAAAAGUGCAUUUUUUCUUACAGAGUAAACAAAAAUAGAACUGGGUAAUGUUCUAACACGUUAUUGUUUCCAUAGUAACAACUCAUUCGUAGAAGAUAAGCAAAAACUCCACAUAAACUGAUUCAAGAAUGUGUGUGAUCCUUCAUGUGGUGAUGUUUCGUGUAAUAUUUGCGGAAGGAGUCUCCAGUGUGAACACUUUGUUACAGUCAAUUAUUAUUCAUUUCAAGAGAGAGAGAAAAAAGUGAACCCUACGAUGGAUCGGCACCCCGUCCAGGGUGUACCCCACCUUGUUCCCGAGGCUCCCCGAGAUAAGCUCGAGGUUCCCCGUGACCCUGUAGGAUAAGCGGUAUAGAAAACGGAUCGAUGGAAAAAAGUCAACCAGGUGAGAGUUUAUAAUGUGUACAACAAGGACCUAGCUAGUUUUUGUGGAUGUUCCACAACAUUACAAGGUAAAUUGCUGCAGUAUAAGACUAAGAAAAUCCUCAGGAUGUUCUUGUACCGGAAAAUAAUCAACUUUUUGGUAGCAACAAUAACUUUAGCGUUGUAUCGGGCCACACUUAAAACCGCUCUGUUGUUGAUUAUUUUCCUAUAACAGCACAACCUGUUGUGUUUCGUUUAUUUAUUUAUUUAUUCCUACUGAUAAUGUUAGUUUGUGCCAUAGAUCGAUUCAACCAUACUUUUUGUAAUUAUUGUGAUGUGUAAAAUACUGCGCAAGUCACUAUGAGCGUUUAUACACAUUUAUACCAGGCAUUCAAACGUAUUAUUUCUGCUAUAUACUGUAGCAUGUCAUCAAUGCAUUUUGAAUAUAGGAUUUAUUGGAUAUGUGGUUAUCGAUUUUUCUCCCACAAGCUGCAUGAUGAGCACGGAUGCACUCUCAUUCUGGAGGGUGCGAGUAGAUAAGUGCGCCGAUUAAUGUGAUAUUAAAUGACGUAUACGUUUACUUAAAGACCCGUUUAAAAGAUCUGGUGAAGAUAUGCAAAGGCGUAUACUAUAAAUGGACGUUCAGGAUAGAUAACCGAAACAGUGCUGGUGAUAAGAGCAGUAAUUCGUCUCACUACGUGUUGAAAGUGGGGUGGAGGAGCGGGUUAAUGAUCAGUGUCGGAGAAACCGUGAGGGCUUUUUUGGCUGCGCCUCUUGUGAUAAGGACGCAGAAACGUCUGAAGUUAAAGACGCUUGGAGAAAAGUGAGCGCCGGCAUGCAAUGAACACGCUGCGUGCAAGUUUUAUAUCUGUGGCAUGCACGAGUUAGAACGUUGGCGCCUUGGAGCAGACUCGAGAAGCUGGAACUUUCUGAGCUCAUGAGUGAAAUAUAGAAAGCAGAGUGGGAGUGGACGUGAGUGAACGAGCAUUUCACCGGCCCAGGGACAAGCAUGGAGGUCACGCUGAAGGAACUCCGGCAGAAACUGGAGAAGCAAUGCCAAAUUAACCAGGAGCUGCAGAAUGAAAAGGAGGACUUGGAGACCAGGUUGAAGGAGAAGGAGAAGCUCGUGGAGGAGCUACAGAGUCGUUUGGAUGGGCUGGAUCAGUUGUCUCAGAGGUACAGCAAUGACCGCGUGGAGGUCCGGCAGAGCCGAGCAGCAGUCAUGGCUCCGGAGCCGAUUCCAGACGACAUGGACAUCUCGACCACCAGGGUCAAAAAGACUGCCAGUGAAAGAGCUCAGAUCAUGAAGGCAAUGCAGAAAAAUGACUUCCUGAGUCGUCUGGAUGAGGAGCAGAUCAACAUGAUGGUGGAGCUCCUCGCCACUCUGGACCGCUGUCCUGGUGAUGAAAUCAUUAAAGAAGGCACCGAGGGUGACAGCUUAUACAUUGUUGCAGCUGGAGAACUCCGAGUUACUCAGGCAGGGCGUAUUCUGCGAACUUUGACCUCUGGAGACGUUUUCGGGGAGCUGGCCAUCUUGUACAACUGCAAACGGACGGCUACGGUCAAAGCGGUCACGGCGGUUAAGCUAUGGUGCAUCGAGAGACAGAUAUACAGAAGCAUCAUGGCAAUCAAGUCCAAGAAAAAACGAGAGCAGUUGAUGGGCUUCUUAAAGACAGCUCGCACCUUCAAAUCCCUGCGUGAUGAACAGCUCUCCAGCAUCACUGACUCCAUGGAGGAGGUGAAGUUUCAGGAGAACGAGGUGAUCGUGCGUGAAGGUGCCGAGGGAGACACGUUUUACAUCAUCCUCAAGGGAGAGGUCGAGGUGACGAAGAAAGUGAAUGGGCAGCAGAAAAUCAUCCGUAAAAUGAAACAAGGGGAUCACUUCGGAGAACUGGCUCUUAUACGUGAGAACUUGAGGACGGCUACCUGUACCGCUUUGGGAUCGGUCACCUGCUUCGCCAUCGAUAAGGAGGCUUUUGAGGAGACAAUCCCAAUAGAAAGCCUGGAGCUACAUGAUGAUCCAGAUCUUCUGGAGAACACUCAGACUUCAAAGAAACCGAGCUUGGUGUCUUCUCUACAGCUGACGGAUCUGAUCCCGGUCCUGUACCAGGAGGGACGCUACCAAGGAAACCCCGUCACCUUGGGACUGGGGGGGUUCGGACGAGUGGAACUGGUAACCACGCUGUAUCAUGGGAAAUACUUUGCCCUGAAAAAGAUCAGCAAAAAGCUGAUAGUCGAGAAGAGGCAAGAAGAGCAUGUGCUGUUCGAGAAGAAGCUCCUGCUGGACAUUGAGUGUGACUUCAUUGUCAGGCUCCAUGACACUUUUAAAGACUCCCGAUACAUCUACAUGGUCAUGGAGUUUUGCUCAGGGGGUGAGAUCUGGACCAAGCUAAAAGAAGUACGCCGUUUUGAAGAGAACAUAACUGUGUUCGUAGCAGCAUGUGUGGUCGAGGCUUACUCCUACCUCCAUAAGAAAGACAUCAUGUACCGAGACCUGAAGCCAGAGAACCUCAUGCUGGACUCCAGGGGAUACAUCAAACUAGUGGAUUUUGGUUUUGCUAAGAAGCUCCAGCGAGGACAGAAGACAUAUUCCUUCUGUGGAACUCCAGAGUACAUGGCUCCAGAGAUCAUUCAGAAUCAAGGCCACGACUUUGGCGCUGAUUUCUGGUCUCUAGGUGUUCUGGUUUAUGAGCUUCUAGUAGGCAGCCCACCUUUUUCAAGCUCAGAGCCGCAGAACAUCUACGCUAAGAUAUUGGAUGGUGUGAUAAAGUAUCCGCCGUACAUGGGAGAGGCCGCCCGAUCUCUCAUUAGCAAACUGUGCAGACCACGUCCAGGUCAAAGGUUAGGAAACACCAAAAAUGGAAUCAAAGACGUCCGUAAUCACAGGUGGUUUAACAACAUGAACUGGCACAAACUGAGGAUGAAACAGAUCAGCGCUCCUACAGUUAAACUCAUCAGAAAGGGUCCCUGCUACAUCAACUUCGACCGUUUCCCGUUCGAUAAGAGCCUGGCCGAGGAGGAUCUCUCCGGGUGGGAUCGAGAUUUCUAAGAGUCGUUGAGUUUGAGCUCCUGUACAUACUCUUACUCUUAAACAAACAUCUGUGGACACGUUUUGGCUGCGUGUUCCAUCCUGAACACAGAAAACAGAGAAUUAUUCAGUAUAAAAAGCUUGUAAUUUAGCCAAAAAAAAAAACAACAACUGGACCAUCUGGUCGCUGUGGAGCUUAGCACCUGUGUCAAGACCUUCAUCAAAGAUACAGAACAUUACCUGGGUGUAGAUACUGAUGAUAUAUUAUGCUCUGUGAUGGAGUGGGUUUUUUUUUUUUUUUCAUGGUGUAUUUGUUAUUUUUGUUUAGCACCAUUCUAUGCUGAUAUUUUUAUUGAUAUUUUAAGUUUUAAUGAGUAUAAAAAUCCAGCAAAAUUACUCCCAUUUAGAAUUUGUGCGAUGUCAUGAAACCUAGUCAUAAGACAACUAAAUUGUUUACACUUUUUCGAGAUCUUUAAAGAUAUGUGAUGAGUGCUAGAUAUACUCAACAUAUCCUGUAAAUUCAACAUAGUAAAGUAUACAUUGUA